CACAAAUCUUUUCCCCUGUCACUCCACAGCCGCUUCAAACAGUGUUUGACUUCAUCUUAUAUCAGCACGUGCCGUCCCAUGGAUUCAUACCUUCUCUAUUCACAUUUAAGAUCCUAAAGCUUUUUUUGUUUUGUUUAACUGCUCAACCCUUUCCCCAAAUUAACGUGCAAUCGGACCACCUUGCCUCCCCAAAUGUCCUUUUAAAUGAGUCUACGUAUUCAUCACCACAGAAGACGAAACGAGUGAGGAACUGUAUUUUUCGGGGGGGCGGUAUUCACUUGGACUGUCAGACCAUGUUUCCGCCGGCGGGCAAGCGCUGUUUCACCAUCGAAUCCUUGGUUGCGAAGGAGAGUCCUCUGACGGCGGAGGAUCCCAUCCGACCAACUGCCCUUAGCUAUCCGAACCCCGCGGACGCCUUCAUGAACGGCUACCAGGGCCCCGCGGGGAGGUCCCUGUAUCCGAACCCGGAGCUGGUCUUCCCAGAGACAGUUAAUCACCCGUCAUUGACUGUUCAUCCGCACCAACUCGGAGGUUCGCAUCUGCAGCACCCCCACUCGUUCUUUGGAACACAGCACCGUGACCCGCUAAAUUUUUACCCCUGGGUUUUGCGGAACAGGUUUUUCGGUCACAGAUUUCAAGGAAAUGAUGUUUCCCAGGACAGUCUACUACUGCACGGCCCGUUCGCCAGGAAGCCCAAGCGGAUCCGGACGGCUUUCUCCCCGUCCCAACUCUUGCGGUUGGAAAGAGCCUUCGAGAAGAACCAUUACGUGGUGGGCGCUGAGAGGAAGCAGCUAGCCAACAGCCUCAGUCUAUCGGAAACUCAGGUCAAGGUCUGGUUUCAGAACAGAAGGACAAAGUACAAGAGGCAGAAGCUGGAGGAGGAGGGGCCAGAGAACCAACAGAAGAAGAAGGGGAAUCACCACAUCAACAGGUGGAGGAUUGCCACCAAGCAAGCCAGCUCGGAGGACAUCGAUGUGACAUCCGACGACUAGAACCACACUCCCGCUACCCUCUCCCAGUCCGACCACACCCCCGACACCCCGAUCCCACCAGAGACCAUUUCCGAUCGCAACCCUAUUUAUUUAAGUAAUAUUGUAAGGCAUAAUUAUAUCUAUAAAUAUAUAUAUAUAUAUUAAAAAAACAAGGACAAAAAUGACUGAAUAUGAUGCCGCCAAGCAGAAAACAUUUGCAAGCCUCAAACAGAGGGUCUCCUCGAGUCAAGCUGAGAAACUGACACAAGUCCCAGAGGAUCAAAGGCCGACCUUCGCUUUGCCCGAACUUGGGGCCCUGCGUGCCCUGGCUACUGUACCCCAAAACCUGAGCGCCGCGGUCCACCUCUCUGUCACAUAGCCGCGGGAAAUCGGGGCCACCUGCCAUUCAGGGGUGAUUUUCACGUUCUGUCGUUUCAUUGGUCCUUUUGACCAUGGGUCUCGAAUGUAGAUAACAGAUGUUAAACUUUUUUUUUUUUUUUUUUUUACAGUAUAACAUGCAUUGCCUGCACAAGUUCACAUGGAAACUUUCUUUUUCUUUUUUUCCCAUUUUACUCUAGUUCCAGCCCAAGACAGUGGCUGUCAGAGGUUUUUAUUCUGACUAAACUAAACCAUCAAUAAAUGUCACAUUUAAUUUAA